UUACAAAUUAGUCAUCGCCAUUGUUUUGAUGAGUGCUAACACAUUUGGGAUGUCCCAAGUGUACUGAUAAGAAAAUGUGACUAAAUGAAAGAUUAGUUAGUCUGUCACUGAAUGUCAUCCGUUUCUGUUUGUAUCUGCCAACAAUGAGAAGAUAUCUAUUGGGUGCCGUUCUAAUUGCCUUGGUCUUCGAGGCCCAAGCGUUCUUUAGUUUGCCUCAUUUGUGGAGAUGUCCACAGCUUCAAGAGGAAGACGGAUUUCAAAUUUUGAGUUAUAUGGGCAUUUGGUACACACAGGCUGGAUACAAAAUAGACUGGGUUCAAGGUGAGGGAAGAUGCAGUAAGGCAGUCUAUAACUAUGAUUACGACAGACACAUUGUCAACAUGUACAGUAAACAGAUAUCAUCGUCGAACAAGUGGGUUACUCUGAAUGCAACUCUUAUGGAAAAUGACAGAACUAAACAAGAAGGAAAAUUUAAAAUCACAUACGAUCUAAAUUUUUGGGGAGAUGUGACGAUUCCAUACUGGGUCUUGGGAACAGACUACAACACCUACUCUGUUGUAUACAGCUGUAAAAACUUCUUGUACUUCUUCCAUUACUAUUCCUGUUGGUUACUCAGUAGGGAACAAGAUCUAGACGGCACAGGGCAGAGGCCUCAGUACGAAGCCUUGGUUAAUGCUGUCUUGGAAAGUAACAAUAUCCGUCCUUCGACCUUCAAGCAAAUCGAUCAGUUAAAUUGUGAUAUUUAAGGGAGCUGUAUUAAGAAACCAUAGUUUUCACACUUCAUAAAAUUAUGACUGAUAUAUUUAAUAUUUAAACAUUGUACUAUGGAUAAAUAAUCACAUCCUUAAAAAAAUGUAGUACUUGACGUUAUUCUCUGUUACACGAUGUUCCAAAUGUAAUAAUUACAAUAUCUUACAGAAAAGAUAUAGACGCCGGUAAGGUACUUUUAUAACUGAUUUUGAUAGCUUUGGUAUAUUUAUUUGGUAUGUUUUGAAUUAAUACUAUUCAUCGUGUAACAAGAAAAAUAAAUUUAUUAUAUUGUUACUGUCAA